AUGGCUUGCAAGUUGCAUAUCAGGAAACUGCUGCAUAAGAUUCCAAACGCAUUACGGAAACGUGGCCUCGUACGUGUAAUAUACAGUGACGUACCAUUGCUGAUCAAUCCGAAGAUCGAUAUCUAUGGUGCAUUGUUUAUAAUGAGAAGUUAUGCGGAAUUAUGCAUCAACAAGGGCCGUUAUCCUCGGAUGAAGAUUUUCUCCUUCAUUGAAAAUACUGCCAUCAUUAUUAAUGUUUGGUUAAAACAAGGAGACAGAGGAUUGAUACUAACCAAUGCGACAGAUGCUAUUGCGAAACGGUCUUCAAUAGGAUCAUUUAGAGAUAUUACGGCUCACUUGAACAAGUCGCUCUCUAAAAUUAAUCCUAAUUGA